UUGACUUCUGGGAAAUGUGGUUCUGAUGAUGCCGGCGCUGUCUGUGUGCGACAGAAACUACAACCCCCAGAGGCCACUGCGACCUGAAUGUGGCAGCCUGUGAACCAACUGGUUAGCCGAGGCAGCGGCUGCCCCAGGGCGUCGGUCUGAUAAUGGAUUCUGAAUUAAUGCAUAGUAUAGUGGGAAGCUAUCUUAGACCACCAGAAAGAGGGUUUAUUGCAUCAUUCACCCAGAAUGAGUCACUUCAGAAUCACUACCCUGUGAACGAAGAAGUUACCUCUUCUAAAGUGCUUCAAAGCCCGAAUAGCCAAGCUCUUAUUUUAGCCUUAAGAACUCUUCAGGAAAAGAUCCAUCGUUUAGAGCUCGAGAGAACACAAGCUGAAGAUAACCUGAACAUUCUUUCCAGAGAAGCGGCACAGUAUAAAAAGGCCUUGCAGAAUGAAACAAAUGAAAGAAAUCUGGCACACCAGGAACUGAUAAAGCAGAAAAAAGAUAUAAGUAUACAGUUAAGCUCAGCACAGUCUCGUUGUACUCUUCUCGAAAAGCAACUGGAAUAUACAAAGAGAAUGGUUCUCAAUGUAGAGCGGGAAAAGAAUAUGAUCCUAGAACAACAGGCCCUACUUCAAAGAGAAAAAGAGCAAGAUCAGAUGAAGCUGCAUGCUAAACUUGAAAAGCUUGAUGUCUUAGAAAAAGAAUGUCUUAGACUUACAGCAACUCAGAAAACUGCCGAGGACAAGAUAAAACAGUUAGAGGAAAAACUUAAGGAAGAAGAACAUCAUCGAAAGCUGUUUCAAGACAAAGCUUCUGAGCUUCAAACUGGACUUGAAAUCAGUAAAAUUUUAAUGUCUUCAGUUUCUAAUUCAAAAAUCUGCAAGGAAAAGAAGAAAUCAAAGACAAAUAAAUGUUUGAAGAGAGGGCCACCUCAGCCAGUUUAUUCAAAGUGUGGAGCACUGCCUUUUGAGACUGAAAGGUCUGCCAGUGCAGGCAGUUCUGUGAAUGCAAGUAUGCAAAACCUUCUGCAAACAGCGCGACGGUCUGGGCCACGGAUCCUACAGAAACCUUCUGAAGUCACUGAGCAUAGGUGUUUGUGCAGGCCUACUAGAAAAACCUCAUGGUGUAAAGCUGUCCCUUCUAACUCAGAAAAGUCUGAUUCCUUUUGUGACAAUUUGUCUGAACUUUUGAUGGCAAUGCAAGAUGAGCUGGACCAAAUGAGUGUGGAGCACCAAGAACUACUGAAAGAAAUGAAGGACACUGCAAGCCAUUCAGUCUAUGGUGACAUAGAAUGUGAACUAGAACAUUUAGUCAAGAAGAUGGAAAUUAAAAGAGAACAGAUUUCCAAACUGAAGAAGCAUCAAGACAGUGUCCGUAAGCUGCAGCAAAAAGUUCAAAACCCAAAGAUGAGAACAGCUCCAGGCGUUCAGCAAGAAGAUAGCCAAUCUAACGGAUCAAAGAACAGAAAAAAUAGCCCCAGAAAAUGUUUGAAUGAGACUAACUCUUUUCAGAAAAACAACAGCUUUCAUCCAGAAAUUCUCAGAAAGUAUGUUAGGAGAAAGUGGGUAAUUAUGGACCUGCUGGGCAGGAAAACCAGAUUCAUGCUAACGGUGAGAAGAGCUGCCAUGGAAGAGACCUUUCCAUACCUGCAAGUGGGAGGCGACUGGAAAUGGGCAGACUGAGACUUGAAAUUCUCCUUGAAGGGCAUUAAUGGCAGAGAUCAGGUUUCUCCCCUGGCUUAAACAGGAUGUGUGCCCUUGGCUCUCUGUCACUGCUGUGCUCACUAGCAGCUCAGACCUGAAGACGUUCCACAGGCAUUUUCGCCUGAAUUUCCUUGUAUAACCUUACCUGUUUUCUCUGCUUUUCCCCUCCUCCUCAAGGAUAUGACUUCCACACUUUAAACUUUGCCAAAAACCCAUCUAGUCCAAAAUGCAGCCCUACAUGUCUGUACCUACAUUUCUGUACCAUGUACCUAGAAAAGUGGCAAAUAUAUUUGGCUUAUGAAUAAAGGCAUUACUUGUGAAAAUGAUUCCUAAAAUAAUUCAGUUAAGAAGUGAGAAUUUUCUCAUGAAAUUAAGUAUAGUACAUUAGAAAAAAACACAAGACUUCAAGUUAAGAGAUGAGUUCAGGGGCUGGCGUUGUAGCCUAGUGGUAGCUGCAUCGUAGCAGGUAAAGCAUCUGCCCGCAACACCAGCGUCCCUUAUGGCUCCCUGUUGGAGUUCUGUCUGCUCCAUUUCCAGUCCAGCUCCCUGAUAAUGCACUUGGGAAAGCAGCAUGAGAUGGCCCAUGUACUUGGGCUCCUGCAUGCAAUGGGAGAUUUGGAUGAAGCUCCUGGCUCCUGGCUUCAGCCUGGCCCAGCCCUGGCUGGUGCAGCCAUUUGGGGAGUGAACCAGCAGAUGGAAGUUCUCUGUCCCUCUGGGUGUCUCUCCCUCUUUCUAACUCUACCUUUCAAAUUAAAAAAAAAAAAAAUAUCAGUUCUGACUCCAUCCUGUAGUAGCUUGGACAAGUCAAGUCAAAUAUUUUUUUGAAGCCUCAGUUUCUCAUCUGUAAAGUGGGGAUUCUAUUAAUACCUACCUCGUGGGGUUGUUGUGAGGAGUAAAUGAAGCAAUACACGAAGGCACCCAGCCAGAAGGGUUAACUCAGUAAAACUCAGUAAAUGUGUUUUGAAUCUGAGUGACAAAAUAUAUAUACACACACACACACACACACACACACACACACACUUAUAUAUAUGUGUAUAGAACACAAGUUUGCAUGUGUUUAAAGCCUAAAAGCAAAACCCCAAAUUUAUUUGUGUUUUUGUCUUUGUUUUUCUCUGUGCCUAGAGAGAAACUGCUCUGGCUAGUUUCCUAGCCCAGGCUUCAGAUGGGAGGGGUGAGAAUACAGUCCUGCCAUGGUGCACACUGCAGCUUGGCUUGGAGUCUGUUUUGCUUGUCGAGGUGGCAUUUAAUACCAAGAGACAAUAAAGAAUGGUGUCUUGUUGCCCCAUCACAGCUGCUGGACUAAAAGUGUAUCUCUGCGCAAACCCCACCUGCUUGCCAUGGCCUUUGACUCCUCAGGGUGGAGCGAAAGAUUUCUUUCCUGGAGCUGGGGGAGGGGGAGCGGUCUGUGAAUCAGUGUACAACAGUUGCUGUAGCAACCCCACAGCCCUGCUCCGACUAACAGAAGCGUGGUAUGAUUUCAUUUUAUUCACUAAAGUGAAAAGUAGAGUUGUUAUCUAUUUAAUCAAUUGGAAGUUGAAAAUGGAAUUGGAACUUUCUAGCCAAGGCAGAUCUCAACUUUGAUGAAAUUUUGAUAUCAGAAAGUUCCAUUGUUUAAGGCAGUAGGUAUUGUGAAUACUGUUAACACUGGAAAUGGGAGUUGGAAUCUGGAAUUAACUGUAUUUGGGUGGGUUGUUGCAAACUAGCCAAUUUUUUUUAGGUGGUAGCUGAGGGUAGGAAGAUCAGAGAGAAAGGGUAUUGUCCAACAAUGUGAGAUUCAGGUGAGAGAUACUUAGUAUCAUAAGCUGACUGGGAUGGUCUGCCUGGCAAUUGUAUUUGAAAUUUGGGGAAGUACCUGUCUUUCUUUAAAAGUAUUUUAAGUAUAAAGUAGUAUUCCUAAUUUGUGGUAAAAUGUCAAAAAAUUCAAUAAGAAUUUGACUUGUACUCUCAUGGGAAGAGCCCAUUGGUUAUAUUCAAUGGGGUAAGUGUGUAUCGUGGCCAAAAAUGCACCAGCUGCCAUUAUUGCUGUAGAGUAAAUAAUGGAACUCCUGAUGGAGUUUCCUGGAACUCUUUUCAGCUAUAACUAAAGCUGUUCCUACUGAGAACAUUUAGUUGUAUGUGAAGCUGAGAUAAGUCCAAGCUGACUCCCAGACAGAGGACAAGACAGACCUCGCUAAGGAAAAAUAGCAUCCGUGCCAUAGAAAAGCUGUCAAGAUGAACUGCAGUUUUUAAUUACAGUGAGAUGAGGCUAAAUAAGAUUAAUAUUGACUGCCUCUCAUCUGAAAAUAAAUUUACUUACUUGGUCAUUAAAUUGACAUUGUCAGUGCCUCAGCCUUUUUCUUCAUGUCCUCACUUUUUUCCAACAAACUCUCCAUUUUUGGUUUCUUUUGGUUUUGUUUUUUGUAUUUUGUCAUGUAAGGAGAAUUGGGAAAAAUUUAUAAGCUUCAAGCUUUAGAUAAUGUUUGGGCCAGCAUUUGUUUUUAUAGCUAUAGAUUGUUUACUUAAAAGAAUAGGUUGUGGGCCUGCGCCGCAGCUCACUAGGCUAAUCCUCCACCUGCGGCACCAGCACUCCGGGUUCUAGUCCCGGUUGGGGCGCCGGAUUCUGUCCUGGUUGCCCCUCUUCCAGGCCAGCUCUCUGCUGUGGCCCGGGAGUGCAGUGGAGGAUGGCCCAAGUCCUUGGGCCCUGCAUCUGCAUGGGAGACCAGGAGAAGCACCUGGCUCCUGGCUUCGGAUUUGCGCGGUGCGCCGGCCGCACUGCGCCGGCUGCAGCAGCCAUUGGAGGGUGAACCAACAGAAAAAGGAAGACCUUUCUCUCUGUCUCUCUCUCUCUCUCUCACUGUCCACUCUGCCUGUCAAAAAUAAAAAAAAAAAUUUUAAAAAAAGAAUAGGUUGUUUGUCCCCCCCACCCCCAAUCCCUGGUAUGUUUAUUUAGAGUCUUAUUGAUACAGAUUUUUUGAAUUGCUACUUGGUGAGAGAUCCUACUAGAUGUCUUAGGCAGACAUUGGAAAUUCGCACCCCACCACUAAAAUGUUUUUGUUAUACAUGCAUGGUCCAGUGUGUAACUAUGUGCUUAGCAAUUUCAGCAGAAAAUAGUAAAGAAAACUGAUCUCUCAGAACUUUAUCCUCUGGGGCAGCUUUGUGACGGACGAUAUAAAACCUGUUAAUGGGUUGGGGAAGGGCUUGGGUGUUGUCUGUCAAAGGGCAGAUAAAGGUUCUAUGAGUGAUAGAAUCAGCUUUCUAGAAGCAUCUUUGAAAACAAAGGCGGAGCUGACCAUCACAUUCUGCCUAGGUUUUUUUCCUCUUCCACCUUUACUCAUCUUGCAUUCCCCCUUCCAUCUGGUCUCAGUUUACUUCCUCCUCUAAGAAGCCCUCUUAAAACCUCCUCUUACCCCAUUGCCUCCUCCCAAAACUAACAUGGCUGCCCCACCUAGGUAUCCCCACACUGACACACUUUGUUAUUGCUGCUCUGUGUGUCUCGUAGACUAGAAGCUGUAUGAGGGCAAUUUCCUUCUUUGCCACCGCUGUAGCCCAAGCACUUAGCACAGUACCUGGCCUUAAAACAACCUCUCAGUCCAUAUUUAUUUGAUAAUUAAAUAUGUUAAAAUUACACGAGUCUAUUGCUUUAGACUAAGUUCCUGCACUAGGCCCCAGUAGACCAUUCUGAAAAUGAAACUGGAAACAUGCAUAGUAAAGUCAUCAAACCAAAACUAAGUUGGUACUUGCCCUGAGAAAUGAGAAAUUGGAAGAGAGAAUCGCCACAUAUCCACCAAAGGGCCAGUUUACAUAAUGAUAAUGACAAUCAACUUCCUCUGCUUUAAUCCUUACCCAAGAAAAAGGAGCCUGAAGCAAUCUGAUGUUAACCAAUAUUUUUCCAUUCUGUCUUACCUGUCCUCACCUGCCAAGAAAAGUAGCUUUGAAAUGAUCAAUCUGCUUUUUUGUUCUUGGUUCCCGCUUUGUUCAUCCCUUUUGUGUCUAUAAAACUAACCUGUGCUGAGCCUGUCAGAAUACUGCUUCUGUUUUGUGGGAAUGAAUGUUGCUCAAUUCUAGAAUCACAAGUAAAAUCAAUUGAGAUCUUGA